AUGUACCUCGAUACAGACUCGCACCCAGUCCAGAAGCGACAAAAUGGUCAGCGCCAAUGGCCUACCAUCAACCAGACGCCACCUUCUUCGAUGACCCCGGCAUCGUGGACCGCGGCGUAUCAGCGCGCUAAAGAUGCAGGGAGAAUACCCAACGUCCCUCCCAGCAGCAACGGCCAGUAUCCUCCAGGGACAGAUCCAAACUUCGCUCAGAGCUGGACUUGGACCAAAGCUUUUGGUCCAGAUGACAUCUACGAAGCCCCUGCGAAUGAGAUGGGCGUAUCGUUCGAUGACGGUCCCACAGCAAACUCGCCUACCCUUUACAGCUUCCUCCAACAGCAUAAUCAGACCAGCACGAGCUUCAUGAUUGGCUCUCAGAUCAUUGCCAACCAAGACGCGUUCCAUCAAGCAGCAUCCAAUGACCUGGUGCAUCUAGCUCUCCAUACCUGGUCCCACCAUCUUCUCACCGAGAUGACCGACGAAAUGAUUGUGGCUGAAUUUGGAUGGAACAUGCAGGCCGUGCUUGAUCUCUCUGGCAAGCUUCCCGCAUUCUACCGUCCACCUCAAGGAGACGUCGACGCUAGAGUCCGAGCUAUCGCAAAGGAAGUCUUCGGCCUCACAUGCGUCCUUUGGGAUUACGACUCCGAUGACUGGUGCAUUCAAGCGGACGGCUCGAGUGCAUGCCCUGGAGAGAAUCCAGGCGGUUCAGCGGACAGUGUCAAAGCCUACAUCCAGCAGACUCUGCACAAGUCCGAUCGUAGCAGCGGUAUCAUCAUGCUCGAGCAUGAGUUGACGCAGUUUUCUGUCGGAAACUUCAUUGAGUACUUCCCGCAGCUUGCCGGUCUUGGCUGGAGACCAAUGGCCAUUCCCGACCUAAGCAACGUUGACAAGGACUGGUAUGCCAACGCUGCCGACGGUGACGACACCCCUCGUAGCCAGACCGACGUCCUUCCUAUUCCUCAGAGCACCACAACGCAGUCAUCAACAACAAGCGCAUCCUCAAGUGCUCCGACGAGUGCCGCAACGGUGACUGCUUCUGGCUCCACUACCACACGCUCAACAGCCACCGUAGUGACUACCACUUCCGUUCCUCGUGAAUCGAGCAGCAGUCCCAACGGCGCUUGGGGUGUGGCGCCUUCAUCGACCCUUCUACUGUGUGCUCUCGUCGUCUUAUCUUUUUCGCUCUAG